UGGAGUCUUGGGGCAGUAAUUGGCACCAACCGCUUCUUGUCUGGAGGAUUCUGGGAAAUGUAGUGUUUCGCUUCCCCACUCCCGCCGCGCGGUCCUUUUUCUGCGCAGGCGCAGUUGCUUACAGGCCUGAAGGUGAGCUCCUUGUGGGAGCCUGCGGGUGUAUGGCCCUUGGUGUGCGAGUGUGCGCGUGCGCGUGCGCUAGGGAUGGGCGUGUGUUCCUUUGGGGGUUUGUGGCCAGGAGCGAGGUAAGCUCCGAGUCAGCUGCGUCCCACCCGGGCAAGGUGGGGAACCCGGGUAAAGCUCCGUGGCGCCCGCAGCCCAAUUCUGUCUUCUGGGAACUCUCUCCAAGGAGAGAAUAGAGGAAGAAGAGGAGAGAAUGGCAACUGGGUUCCAGCCUGCUGUGCCCCAGGGGCCAAUCACAUUCAAGGAUGUGGCUGUGAACUUCACCCAGGAAGAAUGGAGGCUGCUGGACCCUGCCCAGAGGGACCACUACAGGGAGGUGAUGCUGGAGAAUUACAGGAACCUGGUCUCCCUGGGACUUGUCCUCGUCAAACCUAAAGUGAUCUCUCGCCUGGAACGAUGGGGGGAGCCGUGGAGGCCGGAUGGAGGAGGCCGCAGCUCAGGUGCAUCAGAAAUGAAGGCAGCCUCCAGAGCCUGGGAGAUCAAGGCCACAACCAAGGUGUUACCUUCAGAGUGGGACAGUUCUGAAGAAAGUUCACAUCAGGGAGCAGUUACAAAGAAUGUUUCCUUGAAUUCCAAGUUGGAAGAAUCCUGGGAAUGUGAAGGCAAGUUUGAGAGGAAGCCUAGAACUAAGGAGGGAAAUUUGAGACGACUGACAAUCACACGCAAGAAAGUUGCUGCUGGGGAGAGAGUCUUUGAAUGUAGUCGAUUCGAGGGGACCUUUGUGACACAGCAGAAAACUCCUGUAGAUGAGAGACCUCAUAACUGUGAUAAACAUGGCAAUAGCUUCAUACAGAAUUCAGACCAAACUAAGCCUCAGAGAAUUCAUCCUGGAGAGAAGUCCUUUGAAUGUAAUCAGUGUGGGAAGGCCUUCAGCCAGAGCACAUGCCUUACCCAACAUCAGAGAAUUCAUACUGGGGAAAAACCCUAUGAAUGUACAGAUUGUGGGAAGGCCUUUAGCCAGUGUUCAUCUCUUUAUUCCCACAAGAGAACUCAUACUGGAGAAAAGCCCUAUAAAUGCAGUCAAUGUGAGAAGGCCUUCAGUUACCAUGCAUCCCUCACUCAACAUAUGCAAACUCAUACUGGAGAGAAACCCUAUGAAUGUAAUGAAUGUGGGAAAGCUUUUAGUCGGAGCACAUAUAUUAUUGAACAUCAGAGAAUUCAUACUGGAGAGAAACCUUAUGAAUGUACUGACUGUGGGAAAACCUUCAGGUACUGCUCAUCUCUUACUCAACAUCAACGAAUUCAUACUGGAGCAAAACCUUAUGAAUGCAGCGAAUGUGGGAAAGCCUUCAGAUACUACUCAGUCCUAACUCAGCAUCAGAAAACUCAUACUGGAGAGAAACCCUAUGAGUGUAGCGAAUGUGGAAAAACCUUCAGACAGAGCUCAGCCCUUUAUUCCCAUCAGAGAAUUCAUACAAGAGAAAAACCCUAUUUAUGUAGUGAAUGUGGGAAAGCCUUUAGCCAGAAUUCAACCCUUACUCGCCAUCAGCAGACACACACUGGAGAAAAACCCUAUGAAUGCAGCGAAUGUGGGAAAGCCUUCCGACAGAACUCUGCCCUUUUUACCCAUCAGAAGACACAUCCUGAAGGAAAACCCUACAAAUGUAAUGAAUGUGGGAAAGCCUUUAGCCAGAGUUCAUCCCUUUAUUACCAUCAGAGAACACAUACUGGAGAGAAACCAUAUGAAUGUAGGGAAUGUGGAAAAUCCUUCACCCGGAACACAUUCCUUACUCAACAUCAGAGAAUUCAUACAGGAGAGAAACCUUAUGUAUGUAAUGAAUGUGGGAGUGCCUUCAGCAGGAAAGCAGCCCUUACCAAACAUCAGAGACUACACACUGGAGAGUUAACUCUAUGAAUACAAUGAAUGGGAAGAAAGUUUUAACUUAGGUUUUUCAAUUUGUUAAAUACCUAAGAGUGAAGCAGAUAUUUUUGUCAAUAACUCUGACAUUGCUUGGGGUGUGAGUGAAAGAAAAAGUUAAGGAGGAAGCCUUUUAUUUUAGCAUUCUCCAAGGAUAGUAGAGUUAUACAGGUUCAAGUAGGAUUACCCUAGAAAUAAUGGCCACUAAUUUAUGAAUCUGCUUUAAAGAUAGGGUAAGGAUAAAAAAUGCAAAGGUUGUCUUUUAAGAGGAAGAAAAGGGAAUUUAGCCACAAACCCUGGGAAAAGAUUCUAGAAGGGGGAGCUCUUUAUUUUUUUUUUUAAUAUAUUUUAUUUGAUCAUUUCCAAGCAUUAUUCGUUAAAGACAUAGAUCAUUUUCUUUUCCUCCCCCCCCACCCCCCAUAGCCGACGCAUAAGUCCACUGGGCAUUAGAUGUUAUCUUGAUUUGAACCCAUUGCUUUGUUGAUAGUAUUUGCAUUAGAGUGUUCAUUUAGAGUCUAUCCUCUGUCAUGUGAAGGGGGAGCUCUUUAGAAGGGGGUUUGGGGAAUUUACUGAGAAAAACAGUCACUCUUGAACUGCCUUUUCUCUGAGCUGGAAGGGAAAACAGCUGCUCUAUCAACUUCUAGGAACUAACUAGUUUUGUGGAAAAACUAGGAGGUUCUUGGGUCUGGAGAAAUACCUGGGAGGAGAUAUAUGUUUCCCUGAAGUCUUGUGAACAAUUUGGCUGUGGCAGUUUGGCUAAGGUAAACCAAAGGGUUUUACAUCUGGGAAUUUGGUUUUUACCUAGGAAGCCAACCCCAGGCUUAGGGAAGGACUCAAUCCAUUUGUGAGUCCUGUCUCAGCCUUUUAGGGAUAAUCUGAGAUAUUUAGUUUAGCAAGGUAGUCAGAUGUUUUUUGGGGACUAGAAAGAUCAGGGAGCUUUUAAGGAGGGCUUGAGAAGGCCAGAAGAGUGUCCUCAUGAGGGGAGCAUAGAAAAGUGAGUGGAGAUUUAGCUUUUUAGAGACAGACACCCUGUGGUGUUUAUCUGUCAGUUUCCCUAACUUUCAUAAGCCAGAUAAACUUGUUUUCCUAUAGUCUCAAGGGUUUUGUGCUCCUCUGACCUUGAGUAGGUCCCUAGUUGGGUUACAUCAUCACCAAUCUAUCUAGGUCCUUGCCCAUCAAUAGAUUUCCUUUGGGAGGUAGUUUUCUUUUUCAGUUGGUGGUUUAGAAGGACUAGAGCCUAGAGAUUUUUGAAUUUUCAAGGGAAACUCAGCUUAAUCCCUUAGAAUUCUGGGGUCUGCUUCUGCCAGAGCUCAGCAACCAGUGGAAUCUUAGUGGUGCUGACAGAAGGAAUGACUCUGACUGACAGGUAACCACUUUGUUUAGAAUUCUCUGCCUCACAGUCACUCAGGGAACAUUCUAUUGGGAACUGCCACUCUUCAGUUCGGUUGAGGGGAGGAGUGGAAGAUUCCAUUUCACUCUCAUUCAGCUUCCAUUCUAAAAGCUGCUGCUUAGCUUAAGUGCUUAUUAAAGUGGCACGGAAGAGUAGUUUUUGUUUCUAUUGGGCAAAGCCACUUGAAGAGUCAAUGAUAUCAGAGCCUGUUAAUACUACAAAUAUGGAAUUCUGGUAUUAUAUUUCUCUAAUCCCAUAUGUUAUUUUGGUGGCUUUGCCAGAUUACCUACAUGAUUGGUUUAAGGUUGAAAUGCUAUUAUCUAUCACUGAGACUACUAUAAGACAGGGUUUGUCUUAUGUUCUGUCAAUGUUAUUGAUCUGGGGCAUUUUUUUCUAUAUUUGUAAAAGGUUUAAAAUUGGUGUUAAGGAAAUACAAUGUCUGUGGUUAACUGAAUUUUGGAAAUGAAGAACUGAAACAAUUGAUUAUUGUCCUGCAAUUCUAAAUUGGACCAAAUUGAAACAACUUGUGUAGUAUUAAUUAAAGUAAAUGGGGGAGGGGGGGCAGCUGGGUAGCUCAGUGGAUUGAGAGUCAGGCCUAGAGAUGGGAGGUCCUAGGUUCAAAUCUGGCUUCAGACACUUUCCAGCUGUAUGACACUGGGCAAGUCACUUGACCCCCUUACUCAGUAUUGAUUCCAAGAUGGAAGGUAUGGGUUUGGAAAGAAAAAAAAAGAAUGAAAGUAAAUGGGAUGGUACAUAGAAUAAAACAACAGGAGCUAGUUAAGCUUGGAAGGGCUAAUUAACAAGAACCUACAAAAUUACAACUAGAAGCUGAGGCUUUGGAGACUAUCCCAGCUAGAAUGUGCCCUCUAAGAGAUAUCCCAUAUAUUUCAGCAGCCCAUGGCAUUAUUCAUGUCAGACAGCAUAAAAAUUUCACACAAGUUGAACUAGAUUCCUUGAAGAAGAUAAUACCUAAAUAUGAGGAAGAACCGAUACAGAUGGUGAAAGAAUUAUAGAUUCUUGACCCAAAUUUUCAGGAUUUUGAUCUUCUUUUAGAUAAAAUUUUAACAAAAAAGGAGAAGCAACAAAUAGUGGAGCAAACCAAUAGUAAUACAGCUCUUACUCCCUGGUUACUUGAAUAUAAUGAUUUGGAAAUGAAUUUAGUAGAAAGUUACAGACAACUUGGCAUGGUAAGAGAGUCUAUCCUGGAAACUAUGAGAGUAAACUCCAAACGCCCUGGGUCAUGGUCCAAAUUCAAGAAAUUAAGACAGGACAAUGGGGAAACACCAGCUAGCUUCCUAGAUAGAAAAACUGAUUGUGGGGAAUGUUGGCUUGGAUUAGAUUUAAUGUCUGAUGAAAAUAUAAGUCACAUCAGGAGGCAAUUUGUGAAGAAUGCCUGCCCAGCAGUCAAGAAUUUUUUAGGGGAAUAAUUCCCCAAAUUGGUUUACCAUGAGUUUAGAAGAAUUAAACAGAAUAGCAACAUAUAUUCAUCAAGAUGAAAUAUAUAGGCAAGCAGAGGAUAAGAGUGAUGUGAUUGACAAAUUAAGAUUACAAUUAAAGGAAGCUAAUAAAAAACCAUGAGAGUGAGAUUCAACAGGUCAAGACUGUUGCAGUUUUAUAGUCUUACAAGCCUCCUAGGUAUAAAUAUAAACAGGCAAAAUUCUCCUAGAUAUUAACUUCGUAAUCAGGUUGGUCAUAUGAAAGAAUGCAGGUUCAGGGGUCAAUUCUGUGCUCAAAAUAACGGGAAACUGAGGCAGUACAUAUGUGAAUUUUGAAACUAUUCCACCCUAUCAGACUAUUCUUUAGAAGAUGUGAUUUAGCUAUUGCCUGAUCAGUAACAAUAGAGACACUUGGAAUAACAGAAUCAGGUCUUAGAAACUAUAUUUCUCCUCCCUUCUUAGUUUAACAAGAUUUGGAAGGUCUGCAUCAAACUCAAGAUUUAAUUAUCUAAGGAAAUGGCCUUCAACAGACAUGUGCAGACAAAAGGACAGACCUCUGGGCUGUCCGAAGUCAAGCUAAAUCAUCAUUGGUACAGAUGAGACGUAGGAAAGUAAUGUAAAACUGUCUAUAUAAGGCAUGUCACUUCCUCUCUCCUCCUCUUUCCCUGGAGCGGCGACUCUGGCCAAGAGUGUGCUAGGCAUUUUGACAUCUUGGAGUGUUGGUGGUGAGUUUUGCCCUUGAGCUGAUUCAGGUUCAGGCAUCUUAGCUGAGCCCCUUUGGAGGCCAAGCUGAUUCUUCCCUCCUUCACACUCAAAACCUUACUUUCUAGAUCUAAUCUUCCCACCAGGUACUAGCCCCUUCCUUCUUUCUUCUUAAAUCUCCUCCACUAUAUCAAUUAAAUCACCAUAAAAUUUC